AUGUUCCAGAUCAUAGACUUUGCGCCUCAGGAGGGCGACGCCGGCGCCCGCCUCCAUGUUCGUACCCGCGUCGCUCAGACGCAGAGUCGCGUAUUCUUGCGUCUUGUCGUCGGCAACAUCGCCGUCGCCACCGAGAUCUAUGACGAGGGUUACGAUGGUAUCUGGCGCCUCGAGGGCGAGAUGCCACCUCUGCACAGCACGCGCUCGCCUACGCCCUUCGUAUCCCUGACUGUCCAGGCCGUCAACCAGGACAAUCAGGUGCUGGACCAGGAAACCCUCGGCACUUUCAAGUACCUUUCCGGCCCGCAAAUGCCAGGCCCGUCACCUCACCGCGAGAGCCGCUCUCGUGUAUCUUCUAUCUCGUCCAACUUUUCGAACAUAUCUGGCAGCCCCGCACAACUCGGUGUACCCCUAAGUAUGGCUCACGCCGCCAAUGCCGCCGCCGCCCACCGCCGCGGGUCUAUCGCGAGCACAAUGUCCAGCACGUCGAGCCACGCUAGGGGACCUCCACCCUACCAUAACGGCAACGCCCGCCCUCGUCGUAUUCUUCGCCGCCGUGAGCCGGGCGACGAUGACCCCGCAGAGCGUGUCGUCAUUGAUUUCGCCACACCGAUCGACGACCUCGGCCGUAACCUCACCGACGAGGAACGUUCGCUCGGCCGGCGCCUCGUGCAGUUUGACUGCGAGCUUAUCGGGAACCGCCUGGUCAUCUCUGGCAAGGCGAUCCGGCAGGACGACUACAGUGAAGAGGACCCCGGGCGUGGGAUGACCAUCUCGUGCAUCUAUCGUGCUGGCGCAGAGUCGACGUACUACACGUCUGUCGAUGUCAUCCAGUUGCUAGCGCACCUUGCCGACGAUACCUUCAAGGUCGAAGAGAAGAACCGCAUUAGGCGCAACCUCGAAGGCUUCCAUCCGACGACCAUAUCCAAGAACCGGGCUAACCUCGAGGCGUUCUUCACGCAGAUCAUGGAAUUCCCGGCACCCAAGCCGCGCAACAUCGAGAAGGAUGUCAAGGUCUUCACGUGGGAGACGCUUUCCCCCGCAAUCGACAAGAUCAUGUCCAAAUACUCUAUUGUCCAUGAAGCCGAUGAUGGUUCGGAGUCGCCUAUGAUGACCAUCUCGGAUAAUGGCUCGCUGGGGCUCGGUAUGCCGCCACCCUAUCACGACCCUAACGCGUCGCUAUACUCCGCCGCACCGAGCAUGCUGGGUGCGCCCUCGUCGUACGGGUCCACUUACCACGCAACGCCCACUCAGUACGACAACGGCUCGAAUCACGGUUCAGACAGCGAUCACGACUACACGUUUCGCUCAACUCCACCAGGCGCGCUCAGCGCAGGAUACUCCCAGCCACAGCCGCUUUACCAUGGACCUGUAGACGGAGCGUACCCCUUUGGCUCGCUCGAGUACGGUCACCCCAUGCGGACGGUGCCCACGCAAUACACGAUGUGA